AUGUCGUCCUCCUCGCAAGGAGAUCUUCUCUCCGACAACCCCACCACCGCUUCCACCCCCAGCUCAACCAACAGAUCCGGUUCUCACACACCCCAGCAAAAACCAACAAGUUCUUACUCCCAAACCGCAGCUUCCUACUUCUCCUAUCCAGUCACCCACGUCGUCUCCGGACUCUACCGACGGUUAACGGACCCGAAUAUUGGUACCACCAUGCCAUCCGCCACCCCUUGGUCCUCCAUGUCCUCGUCCGAAGUCUUCACCCCGCGCCGAACAGCCUCACCCUUCCAACCGCCUCCUCUCACACCGCUCACGCUCACCAUCCCCAGAGGCGCAGACCUCCUCCAACAACAGCUGCUCACGCGUGCGCUUGCGGAGGAAAUCCGCUUGCUUGUGCCUGCGCGUCUUCAGCUCUGCGAGAAUUGGCGUCUUGCCUACAGCCUCGAUCGCGAUGGUGCCUCCCUUGCGACCCUAUAUGAGAACUGCGAGCAGUUCUCGCAUCGCAGCCCGCGGGCGGGCUAUGUUCUGGUUAUUCACGACUCCUCCCCUUCUGGCACAGUAUUUGGCGCCUAUAUGACUGACGCGCCACACCCGGAUUCCCAAUUCUUCGGCACAGGCGAGUGCUUUCUCUGGCGCGCCAGCGUGCUGCCGCCGCCUUCAACCCUCGGGCUGGCUUUUUCGAGCGAUGGACCUCAAUCUGAGGAAGCUUUGGAGCGCGCGGGCUUGCCCCCUCCUCCUUCUGCUGACACUACACAUGCCGGGCGAUGGAGCACCUUCCGCAGUGAUCCUACAGCCAAAUUGAAGUCAGAUUCGCCCUCUCAUAAUCUCAACAUGAACAUCAAGACCAAUCUAGCGGCUGCUAGUGGCGGUGCGCUGGCGCCCCCGUCACCGUCGUCAAUCAACACUCCAUCUCGCAGCGGCGCCAGUACACCGGAGCGCAUUCGUUUCAAGGCUUUCCCGUACAGUGGUGUGAACGACUACAUGAUGUUUUGUGAGACUGGAUUUCUCAGUCUUGGUGGCGGUGACGGGCGCUAUGGUUUGUGGGUGGACUCGGGCCUUGAAAAGGGCGUCAGUGCACACUGCCAAACCUUCGGGAAUGAGCCACUCUCCGAUGAAGGCCAGAAAUUCGACAUCCUUGGUGUUGAAGUUUGGUACGUUGGUUCGUAA